AUGCCUCCUUUAACUCCCAACCUCGUGUUGGACUUUGAUGGUACCAUUACGACAAAGGAUACGAUCGGUACAUUGGCAGAAAUCGGCCUCCAAUUCCAGCAGCAGCGUGGGGUUGAUCUGUCUUCAAAUUGGCAGCAGAUCCUGCUGGAUUACAGCAAAGACCAUGCCAGCCAUGUGUCCACGUAUCUUCCAAUCGCAGAUGACAGAUCCUCGCUUGAAGACGAGCUCGCCUUCUUGCGGGGUCUGAAGGAGGUUGAGAUGCGAUCAGUCCAGAGAGUUGAGAGCUCAGGCAUCUUCCAGGGCAUCAGCCUGGAACAUCUCACACUUGCCGGUGAAACUUGUCGAAAGGAAGGGAGAAUCAAGUUAAGAGAUGGUUUUGCGGAGCUCAUGAGUGCUGCCAGAGAGAAGGGCUGGUCCGUCGCAGUAGUCUCCGUCAACUGGUCUAGAUCAUUCAUCAAGGGUGUCCUCUCAGACUAUAGCGUCGACGUUGUCGCUAAUGAGAUCGAGUUGAACGGAAGCAUCUCCGGGCCGGAAGUAGAGGGCUCAACAACGAGGCAGGCAUCUUUGAUGACAUGCGAGGAUAAGCUGCGAGCCCUUCGAACAUUGGCGGCUCGGCGAGGAGUAGAGGAUGUUGGGACGCUGGUGUAUUUUGGCGACUCCACUACAGAUAUUGAGUGUAUUUUGGCAACCCGAGGAGUUGUGAUAUCUUCCAACGCCGAGUCAAGUUUGAUGAAGACUCUGAGGAGAAUAGGGUACCAAGUGCCAAAGGUGGAGGAUGUUCGGGCGCCAGGAGGCACAGCAUGGGCAUCAACUUUUUCAGAGAUUCUCGAAAGUGAAUACCUAUCUUUCAAGAAGUCCACAUAA